AUGGACAAGUGUGGACCGUCUUGGAAAAGCAUUGUCAGCCUAGAACUGGCAGCAGAUCAUUACAGAAGACAGUGGCUGCAAAAAAAAGAAGAUGAGCCAACCCUUAAAAUUAAAAUAGACAUCGGAGAAGAUGUAGAGGAGCAAGAGGGCACAAUCCUCAACUUUUACAAGGCUCCAUACAUUGACUGGGCCAGACCAUUCCAAGCUAAACUACAGGGAGAUAUGGCUAUUGGGGAUGGUGUGAAUCGACACUUUUUAAGUAUGGUAAUGCAGAAGUUGCAACAUGGUUUCACUAUUGAUUUUGGACAUGCAUGCGGCACUUUGCUGUUUGAGGGCCAACCAGACCAUUUAAUUCCUUCUACCUCCCAGGUUUUGGCACAAAACGAAUUAUUUAUUGUGGCAGGGAGAAUUGUAGGCCAUUCUUUUCUCCAUGGGGGCCCUCGUCUGGCUGGUCUAAGUCCAGCAGUGCUUCAUGUGAUGUUGGGUGGAACACCCCAGACAGCCACAAUCACACUAGAUGAUGUGGCUGAUUUGGACAUCAAGGAGACCAUCAGACCGCUUUAUAAAGAUGAAGAAUCCAAGAACCAAUGCAGUGGACUCACAGAGGAUCAGAGGGCAGCUGUAAAUGAAUUGGCACUGGCAUGGGAUCUCCCUGUGUUAACAGAAACCAACAGAACUUGGCUUCUUCAUAAUCUGCUUCAACAUGCAGUGCUUGGACGAAACUCGCGGCAGCUAAAGCAGUUCAAACAGGGAUUGAAGGAAUCCUUGAUCCUGCCACUUUUUGAAUCCCGACCUGACACAGUGUCAUCGGUUUUUCCACGUCAGUCAAUGGCUGACUGCAGUGCUGAGGUUAUUCUAAACAAUAUCAAAUGGCCUGAGGAUGGAGGGGUGGCGGAUGAUGACGACAGUGGGUAUUCGGUUGAAUCCAAAUGCAGAAUAAUGGGGUACCUGCGUCAGUUUAUGAGAACAGUGUCCCAAGAGCAACUUAAACAACUGGUCAAGUUUUGGGUAGGAUGGAAGAUACCCAUGGACAACAUGAAAGUGGAGGUGGUUAAGCGGAGUACCCAAGCGGAGUACCCAACCUCAUCCACCUGCUUCCGCACCCUUCGCUUGCCUGGUUACUAUAACAGCUACACUUAA